GAUUUGGAUCAGUCCCUUAUGAGUUUUGAACGUAUGGACAGAACAUCACCUGAUCUUUGGCCUGAACAAAUUCCUGGUGUAUCUGAUUACUCUGAUCUCUUGGUAAGCAUCACACCAGAACCUUCACCUCCAAAAUGGUUAGACGAAGUUGAAAAAGUUGACCACGACAUGCUGCAAGAAUUUAGCAGUCUGACGACCUCUCAGUUAAUCGAGAAAGUUAAGGAUCUGCAUCAGUUGGCAUUUCAACUCGGUCUUGAUGAAGCUCAUGAGAUGGUGAGAGGAAAGUUUUUGAAUAUUUUGGCAAGGACGCAGAAAAAAAUAUAG